AUGUCAACGGAAAUUACUCUUGUCAACAUCGACAAGGCGCAGUUUUAUAAAAGGAAAUCUCGGUCAAUUUUCAUGCAUGCGCAAAGCAUUGAAAGUUCAUUGACCUUCGAUCGAAUUUCCCUGAUGGCUGAAGAAGAACUUAGUUUGCGACUGGAGUUGCUGAAUAAAACCGAAGUUUCGUUUAACCUGGCUCAUGGGUCUCUCGAAGAGCUUGACUACGAUGAAAUCGAUAGUCCGCUGCCGGAUGAAUUUGAGGAAUUGAUUUUAUCCGCAAAAUCAAUUGUGCUCCAGGAGAUUGGUAAGCGUAAGGUGGCCAGUUUGCCGUGCUCAACGUUGCGCCAGGAACCCGCCAUGGAUUCCGCUGCUAGUCAGCCUAACAAAAGGCUUCGUCUCCCGGAAAUUAAAUUGCCCGAAUUUAGUGGUGGCUACACCGAAUAUGCCAACUUUUUCUCCAUGUUUUCGACCAUCAUCGAUCAAGAUCCUGAUCUUUCGCCCGUGGAAAAGCUCCAACAUUUGAAGUCGUGCCUGAAAGGCUCCGCAUUGGAUUCUGUUCGCUCGCUGGAUAUUUGCAAUGAUAACUAUGCUGUUGCUUUGGAUUUGCUCAACAAACGCUUUAACAACAAACGUCUUAUUUUUCAGGCACAUAUCGCAGAGAUUUUGGGCAUGCAGAAGGUAGAGAAUGCGACAGCGGCGAGGUUACGGGAGUUUUCGGACAAAAUCAACACAAAUUUGCGUUCAUUGCAGUCGAUGGGAACUGCUGAGCAAAUUUCUGGAUCCAUCAUCAUCCACAGUUUGCUUCAGAAAUUGGACACCUCGACUCAGGCAAAAUGGGAGGAAACGGCAUUAAUUGAUCAAGUUCCGACAUGCCAACAAUUUUUGGAUUUUUUGGACAAGCGCUGCUUAAAAUUGGAAAAUGUGGAGCAUGUUGCAACAAUUUACGCAAUUGCUCCAACGAUUACGGGAAACCAGCCUAGCCUGCCUAUGAGUCCGGAGAACUGGAAUAUACCAGCAAACCUUCAGCUUGCCGAUCCGGAUUUCCACAAACCUCAAAAAAUUGACUUAUUAAUUGGAGCAAGUCUUUUCUUUGAGCUUCUUUGUGUGGGUCAAAUAAAACUCACUCCUGGUCUUCCUUUGCUGCAAAAAACCCGUCUAGGAUGGGUCGUCGCAGGAGGUGGCUCAGAACACCGUGAAUCAUCGGCUCUUGCAGCUCAGACGUCUGUAUCUUCCGUCGAAGAAGUUGAGUCGCCAUUGGAUGAAAUACUUCGACGCUUUUGGGAAAUAGAGAGUGUUCCUGAUUACGCCUGCAAAUUUUCCAAAGAGGAGCUCGAAUGUGAGGAACAUUUCAAAACCAACUUUGCUCGCCUGGCUACCGGAGCAUACUCUGUUCGCCUUCCGUUAAAGCAUAGCUUGGAUAUGCUCGGAGAUUCUUAUGCUCACGCUUAUCGUCGUUUUUUGAAUUUGGAACAUAAACUUCAACGUCACCCGCAGCUCAAGUCUCAAUAUUCGGCUUUCAUUCGUGAAUAUUUGGACUUGAAUCACAUGUCACUCGUUAGCAAAGAUUCGAUUGGUCUUUGCCAGUAUUAUCUUCCCCAUCAUUGCGUUUUCAAAAAGGACAGCACCACAACGAAAUUGCGUGUAGUUUUUGAUGGGUCUGCCCGAACGUCGUCUGGAUCUUCCUUGAAUGACGUCCUUAUGGCUGGUCCUACCAUUCAGCCCAAACUAUUUCGGACCCUGCUUCAAUUCCGAACGUUUCCUGUGGCCCUGACUGGUGACAUUUGCAAGAUGUAUCGUUGCGUUCGAGUUGCCGAGCCCGAUAGUUUUCUGCAGUGCCUUCUUUGGAGAGAUUCACCAAGCCAGGAGAUACAAGUUUACAGGCUGGAUACAGUAACUUAUGGAACCAAGCGUGCAUCAUUUCUAUCUGUGCGGGCCAUGCAUCAGCUUGCUAUUGAUGAGGAGAAUUCGUAUCCCAUUGGCUCCCAAAUUCUCAAGCGGGAUUUUUACGUUGAUGAUCUGAUUACUGGUGGCAACUCCGCUCAAGAUGUUUUAGAGAUCAUGCGUCAAACCCAGGAAUUGCUUGGAAAAGGGCAGUUCAAGCUGAGAAAAUGGUGCUCUAAUGACCCCGUUGUUCUUAAGGAAACACCCGAGCCAGAAAGGGAAACAUUCCUGAAGUUCGACGAUGGAAGCGACAUUACCAAAACGCUGGGGCUCGCUUGGGAUCCUACUUCAGACGUUCUAAUGUUUUCUUUCUCUCCCAUGCAGCGCAUCUUAAAACCUAGCAAGAGGUCCGUGCUGUCCACAAUAGCCCGCUUCUAUGACCCCCUCGGCCUCAUCUGCCCUGUCAUAACCAAAGCAAAAAUCUUUUUGCAGCAGCUUUGGAAGGAGAAAUUGGAUUGGGAUGAGAGCCUUCCCUCUGCGCUAAAUUCGUCUUGGCUGAAGUUAACAGCUGAUAUUGCUUGCACCCAGCAAAUGAAAUUUCCUCGCUUAGCUGUUCAGCCUGCCGGCAUCAUAGAGCUCCAUGGUUUCAGCGAUGCCAGCAUAAAUGCGUAUGGUGGCUGUAUCUACGCUGUGUCUUCAUCACAAGGUCGUAGAGAGGCUCAGCUACUUUGUGCUAAGUCUCGUGUGGCUCCGCUGAAGACGCUUACGAUUCCCAAAUUGGAACUUUGUGCCGCUCUGCUGUUGUCUCAACUCAUCCGAGAAGUCCGUGAUAUGAACGUUUUCUCUUGCCCGUUCUUUUGCUGGUCCGACUCGUCCGUCGUACUUUCGUGGAUUAAGGAUGAGCCCUCCCGGUUCCAAGUCUUCACCGCAAACCGAAUUGCUUCGAUACAGGAGCUGACCAACGGAAUGGAUUGGCGAUAUGUACCCACGUUUUGUAACCCAGCUGACAUUUUGUCGAGGGGAUCACUUCCAAGCGAGCUGCUUGAGUCAUCGCUAUGGUCAAGAGGUCCAUCGUUCCUGUGCAAUGACAGAAUUCACUGGCCCGCCCCGCAUUCUGCCAUCACUCCGUUACCAGAAAUGAGAAAUUCGCUCGUGGCUCAUACCACGCCUUCCAAUGACAUGACGUUGCAAUGCAAGUUCAGCAAUUCCUGGCAAAAGCUGACCCAUGUAUUUGCAUACGUCUUUAAAUUUCGACAUCGCAUCCGGCACUCUGGAAUUACAGUCGAGCAUAUUCAGCUUGGAACGCAGUUGCUCCUUCGCACCAUCCAGAUGAACAACCUUGCAGCUGACUACAAACGACUGCAAGAUGAAUUUGGCAUAAUGCGUGUUGGUGGUCGUUUAAAGAAUUCUGGAUUGGCCUUUGAGUCUCAGCAUCCUAUUAUAUUACCGAGGAGUCAUCCAGUAACCCACGCACUUAUCAUGCACUUUCAUCGGCGCAAACUCCAUUCGGGACCUCGAUCUCUGCUUGCACACAUUCGUCUGCAGUAUUGGCCAAUUGGAGGACGCAAAACUGUCACAACUGUGGUCAAUAAAUGCAUUAUCUGCUUCAGAGCCAAACCCCGACUGUUUGAGCAUGUAAUGGCUGAUUUGCCAAAGAGCCGGGUAUCUUCAACGUGGACGUUUAUGGUCACAGGGUUGGAUUUCUGUGGUCCGUUCCAUUACAGGACUGGGGUUCGAGGCAAGGUUCCUGUAAAAACGUAUGUCUGCAUCUUCAUAUGUUUUUCGACGAAAGCGGUGCACUUGGAACUUGUUCAGGAUUUGUCGACGCAAGCAUUUCUUGGAGCGUUGAAGCGCUUUAUUCUAACAAGGGGCAAGCCUGCUCGAAUAUGGUCGGAUAAUGCAACCAAUUUUGUUGGCGCCAAGAACGAGCUGACCGAGCUGAAACGUUUGUUCCUGUGCGACCCCCACAUACGUUCCGUGCAGGAAUUCUGUCUGGAGGAUAACAUUGAGUGGCGAUUCAUUCCUCCCCGUUCGCCUCACUUUGGAGGCCUCUGGGAGGCUGCAGUAAAAACGGCCAAAUUCCAUUUCUAUCGUUCAGUUGGCCCAUCGCUAUUAUCGUUUGACGAGCUGCGCACGCUAGUUUGCCACAUUGGGGCGAUAAUCAACUCUAGACCUCUGCUUCCUCUUUCAGAGAACCCAGCCGACUUGGAUGUGUUAACUCCCGCACACUUUCUUGGCACCGCUCCUCUGGUGUUGUUUCCAGAGCCUGAUGUCACACUGUUAAAUUGCAACCGAUUGGAUCGAUGGCAGCGAAUAUCUUACCAUCAGCAAGUUUUCUGGGCCCGUUGGCGAGAAGAAUACCUAACACUUCUUCAACAGCGUGCUAAGUGGCGCACCAAUCAUCCAAAUCUCAAGAUCAACGAUGUUGUCUUAGUGAAGGACGAGAACCUUCCUCCACUUAAGUGGCCACUGGCUAGAGUGGACGAGCUGAUCGCCGGAGAAGACAAAGUUGUCCGUGUAGCUGCCCUAAAAACUGCAACUGGUACAAUUAAACGAGCUAUCCGAAGAUUAUGUGUGCUGCCUAUCCAAGAUGAAGUUGAAACCCCGUGUCUUCCAACGGGGGGAGGAUGUUUGGUUAUGCAGCACCAAACAAAACUCUCUUAA